AUGCCCACCGCCCACCCGCCGACGACUUCCCCGAAGCCGACAAAACCUGCACGGCGGUUCGCUCCCGUCCCGAUUGAGACAACCUUCGACUCGUACAGAGUCGGCCGAAACCCUCACGGCCCAACGGCGGAGCUCACCCCUGACCCCUCGCCGACAACCCCGCAGCCGCCCGGCAUCGCGUUCGGCGUCGACCACAGUGCUUCCCAGAACACUCCCGAGGAGCCAAAGCCAAAGCCCAAACGCCGCUUCGCUCCCCAGCUCAUCGAGACCUCGCGGCGGACCAAAAAGGCAGGUCAGGAAGGCCCGGCAACAAAACACACAGACAAGACCGACAUCACCCCGGGCACAAACCACAUUUAUGUGCAGAAGCCCAAGCGGGCGCCCUCGACUUCCGCGCGGCCAAGUACUAGCAGCAAUGGCGGCAACAAUGCAUCCUCCACCAAGGGCGACGAAGAUGUGUCCAUGUCACCUCGCUUCCUGCCCCCGCGGCGCCAGCAAUCGAUGAAGCCACACCCCAACACCCGUCGGGGUACCAGGAAUAUCUCAUUCCACCCGGGACUCGAGACAAUCGCCUCAUCCGAAUCGGGAAGCUCCUCGGACGAGAACGAGAACGAGAACGAUGAUGUCCCGAUAUCAUCGGUUCCAGCACUUACAAUUGGCCCUCCGGCACACCCGCCUUUGCGCAAGAAGGAUAUCCCCCGGAUCACCAAGGAUGACCCCCGGACGAGGAGAGAGUCGUGUGACGAGGAGUUCUCUGUCUACCUACUGGCGGUGGCCGCCCAAGAAGCCCACCGCCAACGGGAGCUGGAGGAGGUUAUGUCUGCGUUUCCCAAUGGGCUUCCCAUGUCAGGUGUGGAGCACUUUUUCGCGAGGGAGAAUUCGGACGAGCUUCUGGAGCUGCCGGAGCCGCCUCAGCGUCAUGGCGUGUCACAGCUGCUUAUGCGGCGCAAGUCGACUGAUCCCGGUUGGGCCGUCCGCGAGAUGCGUGCGCAUGCCGAGCAGCUGGCCAAGACGCGAGCCACCCGUCCCCAGGCCUCUACUGAUUCUCUCAUGGACUUGCCAGACAUGGCCCCGGCACCAGAAGAUCCCCUCUGGACGGCCAUCACUCCUUCAGCAGACUCAGAAAACAAGCAGAUGGCGUGGUCCAACAGCCCAGCGCUCGCGGCGGUGUCACCCGCCGCAAAAGCACGGCAGAACUCGCGAUCGCCGGUGCCGCUGAAACCAUAUUCUGUCGCUCCUCCGGCACAGACACCGCCAACCGGGUUGAAGGUUAGCCCUUUCAUGAGGUUUCCGGCUCUGCCGACCGAGGGAGACGAAGAGAGUGCAGAGAUGCGAAGAAUGCGGCAGGCCGCAUCUCCGCCAAUGCUCGGCACAGACCUCAAGUUUCGUCGCUGUCCGAGUCCGAAGCAAACACGGAUCGAGUCUGACCAUCCCUGGGACCCCCUGGAGGGCAAACAGCGAGAUGUGAGCGAGGAAUCGGGCUUGUGGCGUGGCUAUUGCUCGACGAAGGCGAACGAGACCUGCACUCCCAAUGAUUUCCAUCCUGCUCCGUUGCUGGCUACGCCUGGCGAGACGGGUACUCCUGUCGACCUCUUUGCCAGCUCCUUUGGCGCCCACAUGAAUGGUCAAGCGCCACCGACGCCCUCAUCGCCCACGCGGACGGCUCAAACGAAAGGCAUGCAGCUGCUGCCCAGCCUUGAUGAGCGGCUGAAGAGGGAGAAGGUCAGGAAAGAGUUUGAGGAGCGCAUCAUGGCCGAGUUUGAUGAGGCCUUUGUUACGCAGGUAUACAACUACAUUAGUCUGGGGUACCCCGCCACAGCACGGGACUACGACGAGGAGCUGAGCAAGAUCAGCGGCAUCAGCAUGGAGGAGCUUCGAAAGAAUGACCACGUCGAGAUUGGCAAGGGGUUUAUGCUUGACAUCAGGAUCGGCGCGAAGCGACAGGAGACUGUGGGCAGCCCCGAUAGCGACGAGACCAUGGUUUCACCAGAGGAGGAUGAGGCUCGCACCGCAGAUAAGCCACCGCGGUGGAGAGCACUCAAACUCUAUAUUCGGGAAUGGGCGAGACAGCACCCAAGUCUCGGGGACGACGAGAACCCGCUUGCCUGGGGCGUGAGAGCUCGCAGAGGCAGCUGGGCGAUCUGA